AUGUACAGAGGAGUGAUGUCAGUAUCAUGGUGGAAUAAGACAUUCCUUGUUUUUGUCCCUUCCCUCAGCAACAAUAAUUCGGCAUCCAUCCAUGGACGAAAUGCCUUUGGGGAGCUGCGGGAUCCAACAUCAUAUACCAAGAUACCUCCGAGGAGUCUCACCUUCCCAUGCGUCAGAACACAAAACUCAAUCCUGGAUGUGGAACUUACAGCAGUGUAUGAAUCAGCUUCAGCUCUUCUUGGUCACAAUCUAGGAUCCCCUGGAAAACACUGUGUUAGACAACCAUCCACAGGUGAAAAAGCCUUUGUGGAAGUUCAGGUGUCCAGAGGAUGUUUCAGGACACUAUUAGAGGGGGAAAAAUACGAAGAUUAUAGAGCCUGUACGUCUGCGCAGGUGCAGGAGCUGUACCGGUGCAGGAGCUGCGCAUCCCGGCAGGGACUUUACUGUUGCCAGGAGGUUUUUGAGAGCGGCGUUCUUGUGGCGGGGGCGGAAGCAAGAUAUCUCGGGCCGCCCCCCUCCCGUCCCUACAUUGCCCGUGUCUGGCCUGGACCUCGGAUCUGGGAAGGGGUAGGUCGGGAUGCUGUCCCCCCAGCAGGAUCUUCACCGUCCUGUACACUCUGCCAAGAGCUACAGAAGAUGAACAUAUCUGAGACAUCAGUGUCAUUCAUGGACGUGAUUGUGGAGUUUACCCAGGAGGAGUGGCAGCAUAUGAAUCCUGCUCAGAGGACCCUGUACAGAGAAGUGAUGCUGGAGAACUACAGCCGCCUUGCCUCAUCUGGAACUGCCACAGCCACCCCUCCCUUCAGUAACCAUCACCAUUAAUAGUCAGCAGCAUCAACACUGAGGCAAGACCCUCCACCAGCAAGAAGAUUACCAUGCACGGAAGGCUCAAUGACGUGAUCUGGAACCACACCUGCAGUAUCUGUGAGGUAUGCCUGUAUACGAAGAAAAAAAACCAACUGCCAAAUGAUUUUAAAGUGCAAGUGUCAUUUACGUGGGCAUUAGCAACUUACAGUAGUUCUAGUUGCUCCACAUCCUCACCAUCAUUUUGUGUUGUAAACCUGAUGACUUAUGAUCUUGGUAGUGGGAGUAUGUUUUAUCUACUUGA